AUGCCUCCCAAGAAGUCUGACAGUGCCGAUGGCCCUGCCGUCAGCGGCCUCCGCGACAACGAACUCCGCUUCAUCAAAGCCGUCUUCGACAACAUGACCCAAAAGCCCGACGCAAACUGGACCCAAGUGGCCAGCGACCUGGGCCUCAAGGACGCCAAGUGCGCCAAGGAGCGCUUCCGCCAGAUGUCUGUCCGCCACGGCUGGCGCACCACUACUCCUGGCAACAGCCCCAGCAAGGCGAAGAAGGGAGGAGACGUCACCGGUCCUUCUGGCGAUGGCAAGGUGGCGAAGAAGCCGCGGAUGAGGACUCCCAGAAAGGCUGUUGCUAAGAAGGAUGUUAGCGAGGAAGAUGAUGGUGAUGAUGUUAAGUAUGAGGAUGACGUUAAGGAGGAGAAGAUGGGCUCAGACGAUGAUGAUGAGUCUUACUUCUGA